AUGGCCAUCAACUAUUCUGUGCCACAGAUCCAGUUCGCUGCAGCACAGAGUGAUGAUGAGACCGUUAACAUGUGCAACUUAGAAGUAGUCAGAGAUGGCAACAGACCAAAGAACCUGAAUGACACCAUUACUCCGGAGCUUGGGAAAGAUUUCCACUCCGACUGUCGCAUGCAAUCACAAGAGGAGACAGAGCUCAUCCAGAGGACAGGAGAACCAGUUGAACUUCCUGAGGGGGAAACGCCAGCUUCUUUAGAGGAAAAGAAACACAUCCUGUUGACAAUUUUUAAUUCAGAAGGACCUGGAGCUGUGGAGAGACCUGAUGUGGAUGACUUCAUGUGCCUCACAUAUAUUUCUCAGCGGCAGCUUAUCAACAGUUGUCCCUCACUUUCAGUAGCUGAAAUUCAGGAGCAGUGGCCAUUCUUGUUUACUCGGAAAGGUCUUUCGAACCACUUUUACAAACUCACAGGCAUCGAUAUCAGUGAGCGCUUAAGUCAGGCCCUCAUAACCAAAGGCAGAAGGAUUAUUAACUAUUUCUCCAGCCAGAAGCUCAAAUGUAACCUUGGUAUAAGGACACUUCUUCAGCAGAUGGAAAGUGAGGGAGUUUUGGCCAACAACAAGAUUGGCACAGCAGCCAUACUUCUCAUGAUGAAGUAUUACAAGGAAGAUGAAGACUCCCUCUUUGUCUUAGCAGAUGAAACAUCUACCAGGAUGUCCCUUGAAGCAGAGAGCAACCUGCCAAUCACCCCGAGGCUGAUUAUGCUUGGACAAAGUUCAAUGACCGCCACCUGCUGGAUGGUGAGUGCAGAGGGGCGUGUAAUUGUUGAGCUGGACAAAGAGAACACCUUUGCUGAUGCGAUGUCUUCUUUGGUUCAUUCUAUGUAUUGAACCUGGAAUACCAGGAGUCAGCGUGUGCAACAUUGGAACUGAUUCAGAGGUUUUUUGUAAGGAUAAACCCUGAAGAGGGAACAAAAUGUACCUCCAAGGUCGGCACAAGCAGAAAGACUGGGACCACUGUGAAGAAAAAGGUUGUUCACAUUAACCUUCAUGUCACAACUUUCCUCCAGCGGCUUAUUGAAUUUGAGUGGAAAACUUCAAAUUAGGUAACUGUUUUUGCCAUUUUUAGUGAAUUUCUUGUUUAAUUUAAGUGACCAAUGUGUUGUUUCCUGUGUCUCCACAGAUGAUCCGUGGCCCAUG